AUGCAAAUUUCAGAGAAUCACUAUUUGCUCAAAAGGUAGGAUACACAAGAUCAAAAGUUUAAUUCAUAAUUUUCUUCACCAGAAACAGAUUACAGGUAAACCCAAAAAGAUAUAAUCCCUUUCAAGUCACAAGAGGAUUUCGAAAAGGAAACCUAGCAAUUAUAAUUCUUCACUCCAAAAAAGACUAGAUAUCAAGAGAUGGAGAUUUAUUACACCCCUGAGAAUAAAAAGAAACAAGUACAUCAUGGAGAGAUAGAGGACAGAAAAUUCAAGUAAAUAGGCAACAUCUUGUUUUUCAUACAAAUUAUAAUUAUUAUACUAUUGGAAGUGAUGAAUUGAAUAUUCUUAUUAUUUUUAUGUAAUAAAUAUAAUACUACUCUUGCGGGUCAGGGGGCUGUGGACUAUUACUGUAAGACACCUUGGACGACUUAAAUACUCCUAAAAUAUGUUCAUAAUUAAUCAACAAGGAUUAGAAUACCAUAAAAAUGAAGUUUAGUGGAUUGGUAGGAUUAAUUAAAGAAGGUGAUAAAAUGUUCAUAUAUGGGUAAUGGGUCUCAUUAUAUGUAAUUCCAAAGGAGAUCAGCCUAAUAUAAAGUGUAUCUAAAUUUUCUUGCGGUUGGUAACAUUGUUUGAUCCUUACUGAUAAAGGACUUUAUGGUUUAGGAUCAAAUAAAUUUAAUGAGUUGGGACUUGUUCAUAAACAAAUAUUUGAGGAACCCUAAUAGAUAGCAGUUGAUCAUACCAAAAUAAACAACUUAACAUGUGGCUUUAGAUAAAGUUUUAUAAUUCAGGAUGAAUGCGUAUUAGGAGUAGGAUAAAAUAAGUAGAAUGAGUUAAAUAUUUCAAAUGUGAAGAGUGUUGAACAAUUCACUAAGAUCAAUAUUCAAAGGAGCAUAAAGAAAAUUAAAUGUGGAUAAAAAUUUACUUUGGCAUUAUCAAGUAGAAUAUUCAUUCAUAUCAAGAUGAUAAUUCCUUAUACGGAUGGGGAAAUAAUGGUUUUGGAUAAUUAUCAUAAGAACCUCAACUCUAAAUAUUAGAGGAACAAGAAUUGAUGAAAAAUGUUUAAGAUUUUGAUUGUGGAUGGAGUCACCAUGUCAUUUUGACAAAAAAUGAAUAGGUCUAUGUUUGUGGAAGGGGAGAUCUAGGAUAACAAGGAGAUAAUAAAAAAUAACACAAUUACAAUUAUUAAUUGAUUGAUUUAAAGGCAACAUCAGUUAGAUGCGGAUCAGAAUCAACCAUAAUAAUUAAUAAAGACAAAUAAGUAAUAUAUGUAAGCGGAUGGAAUGAACAUGGCAAUUUAGGAUUAGGUCACAAUAAUAAUGUGUAUUAAUUUGAAAGAAUUGAAAUGAUACAGUCAAUAAAAGCUAAGGGGGCUUCGAUGUUGUUAUCAAAAUGA